UGGCUGUGUUCGAAUGAAACACGGAUCUUUCUCUCUGCUCCGUUCCGUGCCAGGCACAAGCUGGUCUACGACGCUCAAAAUUCUAGUGCACGCAGCCUUCUGACAUGACAAAACGACACCCGGACAGGGGUUCGUCGACGUAACACAAUCCCGACGGAGCUGAUCGUCGGCUGCAAAGGGGGCCCUAUACGCGUGUCCGCGCGUUCGUUCCAACAAGAGUUCGGUCGAAUUUCGAGGAAGCUGCGAGCAACCGUGUGUCAAGGACCACGAGAAAAAACCACAAGUUUCGCCGUAAUCGACGAACGAGAAACAGCGUGAAAACAGAGGGAGAGAGACGACCGGAGGGAGAGCGGAGAGUAGAGGCCAGGAACGUGGGAACACGAGGAGAGACAGAGAACAAGUUCGUCUGUUAUCAGCCUCGAAAGUCCAAUGAAGAUCCUGCGGCAUGGCCACGCGACUCAGCCCCCGAAAUUCGGAGGUGAACGCUCUUGAGCAGCGGGGCUAUCUGAUUGGCAAAAAGAUCGGACAGGGCUCGUACGCGACCGUGCACCUGGCCGAAUACGUCGACGGGACGAGCUCGAAGAAAUUGCGAUUGGCGUGCAAGAUAUUCGACAAAGAGAAAGCGCCCGAGGACUUUUUGAACAAGUUUUUCCCCCGUGAACUCGAGAUCCUUACCAAGAUCGAGAAUCCCCAUCUCAUCCAAGUGCACAGUAUACUGCAACGCGGUCCCAGGGUGUUCAUCUUCAUGCGGUACGCGGACAAUGGCGACCUUCUCGACUUCGUUCUGCGAAACGGCGUGGUGCCGGAGCAACAGUCGAAGCUCUGGUUCAGGCAGAUGGCAUCCGGCCUGCAUUAUCUGCACGGGAAGAACAUCGCGCACCGUGACCUGAAAUGCGAGAACAUCCUUCUGUCGAGGAAGUUCAACGUGAAGCUGGCGGACUUCGGGUUCGCGAGAUUUUGCGUGGAUCAGGCUGGAAGGCGGGUCCUCAGCAACACGUACUGCGGCUCGGCCGCGUACGCGGCACCGGAAGUGGUCUCCGGCACGCCGUACAACCCGAAGCUGGCAGACGUCUGGUCCCUCGGGAUCAUCCUGUUCGUGAUGCUGAACGCGUCGAUGCCGUUCGACGACAAGAACCUGAAGAAGCUGCUGAAAAACCAGAUGUCCAGGAACUGGAUGUUCCGCUCGCGAAUCAGGGAGACCGUCUCUGCCCUGGCCAAGAACAUCGUCAAGCAUAUCCUCGAGCCGGAUAUCACUUUGAGGCUGACUUUGGAGAGGGUGCUGGCGCACGAGUGGGUCCGCGCCAAAAAGGAGAAGACCGGAUCGCUUUCGGGGAGGCUCGUGCACUCGGCACCGCCUAUUCAUUCGCAGAUGUGUGGGACCGGUGGCAAUUUGGUCGGAGCCGGGGCCGCAGGUGGCUGCAACGUGCCUGUAGUUCUGAGAGGUCUGUCGUCCUUCAAGAAUUCCGAGAUUCACGGCCAGGGCAGCGCUUUCAAAUCCACUGACAGUCCGAGGAAAAACGCGCAGCUGUCCGCCGUCGAGUGAAGAGAAAACCAGUCAGGACCACAAGGAUGAACCAGCAUCGUUAUUCGUGCGUCGAACGUCGACGAGGCGCCCGGAAACCGGGCGCCGCCAAAGACGACGGUGUUUAGAAUUCAUUUUAUUUUUACUUCCCUGAUUAUUGUCGAUCCUAUACAUGGUUUUUAAUAGUGCAUACUUUAAUAAAGAAUUUAUCGAUUUUAUAACCCUUUUCUCCGCAUCGCCAGUCGAAACUCGACCAUUAUCAUUUUAUAUUAAAGAUACUGAGGUAAACGAUCAGAACUUUUAGUCAAGUAAACAUUUAGCAGUAACAAUAAACGUCUCCAGAAGA